AAAAUACAAUACGCGAGAUGGACCAUAAACCAACACAAUAUACCAAGUGCAUCCUUCUUAGUCAAGGGUUGAAUGGUGUGCUGUGGUGGUAUUUAUUGGGCUCGUUAGUUCACGAAAAGAGACUGUACAAAAGGGACUACGAUGUCUUACACUGAGCUGGAGAGUGGUUACCACAGCCUUAAGCAGGCUUCAUCCAGUGAUGGAGAAGGCGGUGCAAUUCAAGCUACCUCCGGCCGGCCCGGAUUCUACGUUGGCGAUGAGGGCGAUCUCGAACCGACUGAUGGGCUCGAUUCAGACGAAUCGUCCAACUCCGGCAAGCAGGUCGUGGUGGCCGUAUGUGCCAUGUCAAAGAAGUCGCAGUCCAAACCGAUGAAGGAGAUAUUGACGCGCCUGCAGGAGUUUGAGUACAUCCGUAUGGUGGUGCUGGGCGAAGAGAUUAUUCUCAAUGAGCCGGUCGACCGCUGGCCGCAGUGCGACUGUCUGAUCUCGUUCCAUUCAAAGGGUUUCCCGCUCGACAAAGCUAUCCAGUACGCUCAGCUGCGUCAGCCUUACGUUAUCAACAAUCUUCACAUGCAGUUUGACAUACAGGACCGUCGCCGUGUCUAUGCAAUCCUUGAACACGAAGGCAUCGAAAUACCGCGCUAUGCCGUACUCGAUCGCGAUUCUCUAGAUCCAAAACAGCACGAGCUGGUCGAGUCGGAGGAUCACGUCGAGGUGAAUGGCAUUGUUUUCAACAAACCGUUCGUCGAGAAACCGGUCUCGGCAGAGGAUCACAAUAUUUACAUCUACUACCCGACAUCGGCUGGUGGUGGCAGUCAACGACUAUUUCGCAAAAUUGGCAGUCGCAGCAGCGUUUACUCGCCCGAGUCUCGCGUCCGAAAGACGGGAUCUUUCAUUUACGAAGACUUUAUGCCCACUGACGGUACGGAUGUGAAGGUGUACACGGUCGGCCCGGACUAUGCGCAUGCCGAAGCGAGAAAGAGCCCAGCUUUGGAUGGGAAGGUUGAACGGGACAGCGAUGGCAAAGAGAUUCGAUACCCUGUGAUCCUGGGCAACGCGGAAAAGCUGAUCUCGCGCAAGGUAUGUCUCGCGUUCAAACAAACCGUUUGUGGGUUUGAUCUGCUCCGAGCCAAUGGUAAAUCGUUCGUGUGCGACGUGAAUGGCUUUAGUUUCGUGAAAAACUCGAACAAGUAUUACGAUGACUGCGCAAAGAUACUCGGCAACAUGAUACUGCGCGAGUUGGCCCCUCAGCUUCACAUACCGUGGUCGGUUCCGUUUCAACUGGACGAUCCGCCAAUUGUACCAACAACGUUUGGCAAGAUGAUGGAACUACGGUGUGUAACUGCCGUCAUCAGACACGGGGACCGCACCCCGAAACAGAAGAUGAAGGUCGAGGUGCGUCAUCAGAAGUUUUUUGAGAUUUUUGAAAAGUACGACGGCUACCGAUUCGGACACAUCAAGCUUAAGCGGCCGAAGCAGCUCCAGGAGAUCCUGGACAUUGCCCGAUCGUUGUUGGCGGAAAUACAGACCAAGGCGGCUGAUUCGGAGAUUGAGGAGAAACAGAGUAAACUGGAGCAGCUCAAAAGCGUGUUGGAAAUGUACGGACACUUUUCCGGUAUCAAUCGUAAAGUGCAAAUGAAAUAUCAACCCAAGGGACGGCCGCGCGGUUCGAGCUCAGACGAUGGUAAACAUGAUUGCAAUGUACCGAAAGAACCUUCACUGGUGCUGAUCCUCAAGUGGGGUGGUGAAUUGACACCGGCCGGCCGCAUCCAGGCAGAAGAAAUGGGCCGUAUCUUUCGGUGCAUGUAUCCAGGGGGCCAGAGCCGGCAGCCAGGCGUAAGCGAAGGACCCGGAACGCAGGGACUUGGUUUGCUCCGGCUGCACUCAACCUUUCGGCAUGACCUCAAGAUCUACGCUUCAGACGAGGGUCGCGUCCAGAUGACAGCAGCAGCUUUCGCCAAGGGUUUGCUAGCGCUCGAGGGUGAGUUAACGCCGAUUCUGGUGCAGAUGGUGAAGAGCGCCAACACGAACGGAUUGCUCGACAAUGAUUGUGAUUCGAGCAAGUACCAGAACAUGGCCAAGUCACGCCUCCACGAGCUUAUGCAGACUGAUCGCGAGUUUACGUCCGAAGAUCGGACCGCCAUCAAUCCAGGUAACGCGAUCAGCAUCAACCUGGCAAUGAAUUUCGUGAAGAACCCGGUACAAUGCUGCUCCCACGUCCACUCGCUGAUUCGUUCGCUGAUGGCGGUCGUGGCGGUGAAGCGAGAUGAUCCGAAAACACGCGACGCGACGUUGUAUCAUGGCGAAACGUGGGAGUUGAUGGGCCGCCGCUGGGGAAAGAUCGAGAAGGAUUUCUGUACCAAAAGCAAGAGCUACGACAUCUCGAAAAUACCGGAUAUCUACGAUUGCAUCAAAUACGACUUGCAACACAACCAGCACACCCUUCAGUUCGAUUUGGCCGAAGAGCUAUACAUUUCAGCCAAAUACUUGGCAGACAUAGUUAUACCGCAGGAGUACGGAUUGACGAUGCACGAAAAGUUAACUAUCGGCCAGGGAAUCUGUACGCCAUUGCUGAAAAAAAUUCGAGCCGAUCUACAGCGCAACAUUGAGGAGGUUGGCGGGAACGAGAGUGUCAAUCGACUGAACCCCCGCUACAGCUAUGGCGUAUCGAGUCCGGGUCGGCACGUGAGAACGAGACUAUAUUUCACGAGCGAAAGUCACGUGCACUCACUGCUAACGGUACUCCGACACGGCGGACUGCUUAAUAUGAACACUGACGAGCAAUGGCGCCGAGCGAUGGAGUACGUAUCGAUGGUGUCGGAACUGAACUAUAUGUCGCAGAUAGUCAUCAUGCUGUACGAAGACCCAAUGAAGGAUCCUAGCUCAGAAGAGCGUUUCCAUGUGGAGCUUCAUUUCAGCCCAGGCGUUAAUUGCUGUGUACAAAAAAAUUUACCACCCGGCCCUGGGUUUCGUCCGCACAGUCGCAACGAUUCUGUCACCUCGAAGAAUGCAAGCGGUGAUGAAGAUUCAACGUCGCGUAUCGACGAAGAGAACGACACGGAGGAAGAGUGUUCGGUUUCAAACAGUGUCUUGCUACAUCAAACUUUAUCGAAGACGAUAUUCUGGGAUGGAACAAAGGCCCAAUCGGAAGUGGGAGGUCAGACCGUCGGUAUGGUGAUGAAGGAACGCCGAACGCGCAAGGUGAAAUCAUCCUCUCCGAUCCCGAUUGGCUCGUGCCACACUGUGUCUGGGCACGAGGCAAUGGAUCUUGCGAAGCGCCUAAGCGAGGAACUUGCAGUGCAGCAGCAACAGCAACAUAAUCAAAACGGCUCAUGCGGAAUGUUUGGUGGGAUAGGCGGGCAACAACAACGUGCCCUCAGUCCGGAUACCGAGCCUCGGGCUCGUUCCUUCGAACAUGAGCAGUCCGCGUCGCACGAUCAUCACCAUCACCAUGUCUGCGCAAAGAGUUCUACCCGCCGUGCGAAAGCAAAAGAGCAUCACUUACAUUGUUGCACGCACGGACACGGAGAACGUUCGGAACUUAACCAUCACACAGUGCGAUUAAACGAGAGCGUACUACAGAAUGCCCAGACACCGGAACCAGAGAAGCCUUGCGCCAUUGCACGAGUUCCUGGACCUACCGGAGAUAGCGAUGUGUUAGGGGCAAAGUGCACAGAAAUCGCCACGUCCCGAGUUGAUAAGAAGCGGCUGGCCGUAUCCAUCUCUCCGAUGAAGGAUGCGAUAGCGCUCCGAGCGAGGGAUGACCUAAUGAGCGUACCCUCUAUGGAAAACGCCACACUUACGGCUGCGGAAAGCAAAGCGAGGCUGUAUGAUCGAGAUAAAACCUUGGACAUCCGAUUAGACCAACGAGCUGCGAGUGAGAGUACGGUAGAAAAAAUACCUUCAGCUAUGCUGUACACCAGACCCCUGGUUUCUUCGUACAGCUGCGACUCGAUCAGUGAGUUUACGCCUCAACCGGACGAGCAGGAUUUCUAUGUAUCCUCGUUUUCCGAAUCCGAAGAAGGCGACGAUAGCAGUGACAGUAACGGUAGCGAAGACUCGCGCUACUACAGCGCACUCGGACAUCACGGAGAGGAGUGUCUCAGUUGCAAGCAUCUUCACUGUCACCACCACCACCACCACCACUAUGACCGCCACCUACUUCGUAAUGGCCACACCGCCCAGUGCUUAUCGUCAGAACUGCCGAUGCGUUUGGCCUAUCGGUACUGUCGCCACGCGCCAAUCUGUCGCUCACUUUCGUACACCUUCUCGAACGAACCGGUGAAGGAUAUCGUAUACCAGAGCCGCCCGAUUACCGGAGGAAACGCGACUCAGACGGGCUUUCCUCGCAUGGGUUUGGUAUCGCCAAUCGUCAGUCGCAGUGUGGAUGAGCUAUUGCAUGACGAUGACGUGCAGUUGGGCAACUGCUGCGCGUGUUGCAGAUGGCCCGCAAGAAGGUUCUCUAUCGACGACCGACAGUUGGUGAGCCGUUCGUCCAGUCCGACGAUGGCGGUGGAGCCACGGCAGUUUGGGCGCACGGAAAAUGCCAAGCAAUUGCUGGGCGGAUCACUGCUGGUGCACUAUCCGAUCGGUGCACGUAUGCGCUACGCAAGUGAUCCAUCGUUGCCACUAGGGCCGGCUUGGGCGGAUGAUGAACCGAGUCGCGCAACCAUACCACCCGAUGGAUCCACUGGGCUCGAUUUGGUUUCGCCACAAGAUGAAGCGAGCGGCGCGGUAGUUUUCAUGUCCCUUACCACUCCGCCGCCGGAUGAUGAUGUGCUGCGGUGCGAUGGCAGCCGAGAGUUUGUGCAUCGUUUUCGUCUGCCGUUCGACUCUGGUGCAACAGCGGAACGACCGGCAGUGUCACCGUUGGCUGCUGCCAGCGAUCACGAUGACGGUUCUCUGAUGGGCACUAACCAGGAAGGAAACGACAAUAUCCCGUCCCACAUUCACUGUUCGGUCCCCCCCCUAAUGGUGCCGCAUGCAACCAACUCUGCUCCUACUUCCGCACCGUUGACCAUAUCGGAUGCGUCCCAUACCCGGGCAAAUCUUGUUGCCAGUAGUCUUGUGCCUAUAACUGUGCCCUGUCGCGCAAGUAGUGUGACGUUGGUUCCUAUCACCUCUAUUAUUACUACUUCUAGUACUACUAAUACUACUACUAGAACUACUCCUAUUUCUAAUACUGGUACUAACCUCACUACCCGUUCUUUCGUUGACCUGUGCGUUGGCGGUGCUACUGUAGCUAACACGGCUAGUACUACUGAUGUUGUUGCUACUUCUACCGGUACCAGUACCGCUAAUACCAUUCACGCCCUCCCACUUAGUUCCCCUGACCCGCUCUGUUUCGCUAACAUUGUCCCAGUCAGUGCGAGUGUGCCGCCACCGCCGCCGCCGCCGCCGCCAGCGGUCCCUGUCGUUAUUAACCGCAAUUCAUUUUUCCGUUGUUCGACCAAACUGUUCGUUAAAUCGUAUACCACAGACGGAGGUGAUUGCCGAAUGGCGACGUCGACGGUUACGACGACGACGGCCGCGUUGGCGGCCGCGGCCCCAGCAGCAGCACCGCUAAGGACGAACGGGAGCGACCCCAGUGUACUGGCACCAUCGUCGAACAGUGGGGGCUUUGGCAUCCGAGCCUCGUGCUGCUGCUCCCAGAGCGCCCACUGUCGCGACGGUGCCACCCCCGUCACCAGUGCUGCUGGCGUUGCUAGCCGCACGCCAGGUGGGGGUACCAAAACGGUAGUACCGCACGGUGGUUCGCCCAACUCGACGUCCUCUAGCCAAAGCUCGUGCGGCGGCUGCUGUUGCUGCUGCGGUUGCGACUGCUGCUAUUGUGCGCCCUCGUUGGCCCUGACCGGCGCCGGGACCGGGACGACUGGGACGACAGCAACGACGGCAAUCCGACGCCAGCGGCACAGCAUUGCUGGCCAGAUGAGCUACUUUAAAAUGUUAGGUACCUUCAGCAAGAAGAUGGCCACUAGCACCAACAGCCUGUUCAGCACCGCCGUGAUCAGCGGCAGCUCGUCCGCCCCGAACCUGCGAGACAUGAUUCCCAGUACCGCGUCACCGUCUGGGUUCGGCGGUGUGCCACCGAUUCGACCGCUAGAGACGCUGCACAACGCCCUGUCGCUACGGCAACUCGAUACUUUCCUGGACCGCAUGACGGUGACAUCGUUGUUCAAAACGCCAGCUUCCUCACCUCCACCGAAGCACCCCGUCUGUCAGCCGAUGGCCGAAUUGCAGCGGAAUACGGCGGCGCCCACAUCAUUGGCGGGUCUGGCACGUAGCAUUGUGCCCGAGCAAACGACGGGCCGUAGUAGCGAACUGCUGGCAGAUAAGCGCAUCGCUACAGCUUCUCUUAGUACACCGAACGACAUGGUGGAGCCAGUGGUUCGUCAGGCCAACGCAGAACUCCCGUCGGCGAAACCGGUGACAGACGACCCCUGCACUUCCGUUCCGGUAGUCUCCAGCUCGACGGCACCGUGCCCGCGUCCAGCAGGAUCGUUGACUGCGGCGGAUGGAACUGCCGUCGGAAAUGGCGCUGCUUCUGGAGCAUCGCAAAGCUGGAGCGAUCAUUCCAGCAUGACGAGUAGCAUUAGCGCCUUAUCGAGCGGAGGGCCUUCGUCACCUAAUUUCUCGGAGUUGCCGAGCACCGAUAUGUCCGCCAGUAUCACGAGUACCAGCAGCAGUCUCGCUGCUGCUGUGGAUGGCAAUAGGAGAGCGGACCAGUUGGGAUGCAUGCUGAACUUGUUCACCCACCCGACCAACAACCGCCACCGGUAUCCUGCCACCGGUGAAUCAAUGGUUGCAAGCGCGUCAGGUGCCGGAUUGAUUUUCCCAAUCGCUCUGAGCAGUUCAAUAGCUGAGACGUAUUCGAAAACCGAAGAUGGCGUGCCGAUUGGUCACGGUGUGAUAGAACGGCGUGGCUCAACGCUCGAUGAUAACGGCGACCUGACACCGAUCAGCAUUUACUCUGACUGGGACAAUACAGCACAGCCCACUAAAUGUUCGACUAGCACGGCCAACGAACUGCAGGCCGCUAUGGAAGAGGAUGACGACGAUGCAACGAUCUCGAUCGACACCUGCCUUAGUACAAGGACAACCAGCGAACAGCAGGCCACACUCGCCAGGGAGUGGCCCCCUACAGUGGCCACGCGCGGGGUGCACCAGUUUCCGCAAACGGCAGAGAAAACUGCUAAUCUCGCGUUUUCCACCAACUCAGUUAGACCGCCAGGAGUUCCAGCGCGAAGGACAAUGUCAGUGGGAAUUUCAGCCGAAUUCGCUAAAAUCGAGGACAACGCAGGUGGGCCGAUCCGGGGAAGCCGAAUACAGCGCCAGAUCAGUUUAUAUGAGAGAGACAGCCGUACCGAGGCGAACAAUUCGACACAAGAGAGAGAGCCCCCAGUAAGGUGCCCCGGAAGCAAACCGAUAUUACAACUCCAUAUGUCCCUCGACGAGCAAAGAAAGGAUCUGUCCAGCCUAUCGGGCGGCGGGAGCGACCAGCAGAAGUGUUUAAGGACGCGUCAGCUACAUUCCCGAGACGAGUCCGGGGAGGCUCUAACGUUAACCAGCAACGCUACCCAUGCACCGGUUAACCCCGGCGCCCUCCUUAUCCGCGAGGGCUUCAUCGAUCCACCCAGGCUAACACGCGUAACAAAAAGCUUCCACGGUAAGACGGACCAUCAAACGGAACAACACCAGCAAAAGCAUCGGGAGCACGGCAGGCGAACAGCGUCAAUCGAGGACGGGUCGCGGUGGAGCCACAUGGACGACAGUGGGGCUUCGGGUAAUGUCGGAUGCGGUGACAAUACUCUCUUGGGUCGGUACAUUACAAACUGCAACCGUCAGCAAAGUGUUGGAAGCGCAGGUAGUAGCGGUGGAGGGCUCUAUCAGGGUCGCUUCACGAUGCUGAUCGUCCAGGAACCACCGCCGGAAAAGGCGCUUACCAAUACCGGCGUGCCACUUGCUAGAGAAUCCUUUUCACGUGACGAUGGUGACACUUCAAAGAAGUAAAUGUUAUCGAUUUGAUCGAAGUAUUGUUGAAAAAUUGUAUAACAAUUAGUUGAAAUGACAAAACCUCACGAAAACUGUUUUGACCAGUGGAUGAUUCCCAUGGAAUACUUGAGGGAAUUGUGAAAAUGGAUAAGAA